AUGAAUGAUCAGUUCUUAAAAGAUCAAGUGAGUGACCGAACAGACGAAUAUGGAGGAUCUCUCGAAAACCGUUGUAGAUUUGCUUUAGAAGUAGUUGAAGCUGUCGUAAAUGAGAUCGGUGGAGACAGAGUCGGAAUAAGACUAUCUCCAUUUGCAGAUUACAUAGAGUCAGAAGAUUCGAAUCCAAAAGCUUUAGGAAUGUACAUGGUGGAGAGGUUGAACAAAUAUGAAAUUUUGUACUGCCACAUGUUGGAGCCGCGGAUGAAAACUACUUCGGAGAAAGUUGAGUGUCCGAACAGCCUGUUACCAAUGAGAAGGGCAUUCAAGGGUACAUUCAUAGCUGCUGGGGGUAUGAUAAGGAAGAUGGAAACAGAGCCAUUGCUGAGAAUAGAGCAAAUCUUAUUGCUUAUGGAUGUUGGUUUUUGGCUGAUCGACCUUUCGGCUUGA